GAGGGCUGUGCUUAAUUGCUUACAAUGUUAAUUAUCUAUUAAAUGUACUAACUGGUUCGUUCAUUUUAUCCUCCUCUGUUCUAAUGCAAUGUAGUUUAAGUGAUCUGUGCACGUUUUCUGGCAAUGGUAUCCAUGGGAUUCCGCUUUCCAGUAAGCUAGCACCUCCUAUAUUAUACUCUUCCCCUCACAGCGGAGACGAGGGAAGAGUGUGACAGAGGAAGAGCUGACUAGAGAAAGGGGAACGACAUAGCUAUAUCCAGGCAGCUAAACUGCAAGCAGAAGGUUGUCGAUGGGAACGCAGUCUUUCACGAACGAAGGAACAGGACAAUAAUUGCAGUAACGUACAAAAUAUCUAAGGUGAAAUUUGUUGCUGCAUUCGAGUAUACUACGUAGUGUGGCAUUAACUAGCUGACGCUAUGUUAGCUAGCUAGCAACUAUUUGCCUCCACUGCUAGCAACUGUCUCGCAGCCUACAAUGCAUUGCUGCAGCUUGCGUCGGUGACAGCGUUUGAUCCAGGAAUUUGCGGGGUUUUAAUGAGACCUUCAUUGCGCUAAGACCUCCAUCUCACCACUCCCUACGGGCCCCUGCUGGAGUCUGACACGGGUGCUGUCCGCCUCAGGGUGUCCGGCCGAGCUACCACUCAGCCUGGGAAGGAGGGCGGUCUCCCGGCCCCGGGGGUCUCCCCGGCCGGCUGCAGCAGAGUUUUAGCAUGGCAGGGAAUCUGAAGAAAGGCGGCGGACUGAUCGGUAUGAUGAAGGACGCUUUCCAGCCUCAUCAUCACCAUCUCCAUUCCCACAACCAGCCGGGGACCGUGGACAAAAAGACAGUGGAGAAAUGUUGGAAACUUAUGGACAAGGUGGUCAGACUUUGCCAGAACCCCAAGCUGGCCCUGAAGAACAGCCCCCCCUACAUCCUGGACCUGCUCCCAGACACCUACCAGCACCUGCGCACCAUCCUGUCCCGCUACGAGGGCAAGAUGGAGACGCUAGGCGAAAACGAGUACUUCCGUGUCUUCAUGGAAAACCUGACCAAGAAGACCAAGCAGACCAUCAGCCUGUUCAAGGAGGGAAGGGAGAGAAUGUAUGAGGAGAACACCCAGCCCAGGCGUAACCUGACCAAGCUGUCGCUGAUAUUCAGCCACAUGCUGGCUGAGCUUAAAGCCAUCUUCCCCAAUGGCCUGUUUCAGGGUGACAACUUCAGGAUCACCAAGGCUGAUGCUGCUGAGUUCUGGAGGAGGUCCUUCACAGACAAGACAAUUGUGCCAUGGAAAAUGUUCCGCCAGGCCCUGCAUGAAUUCCACCCAAUCAGCUCCGGCUUAGAGGCCAUGGCCCUCAAGUCCACCAUUGACUUGACCUGCAAUGACUACAUCUCUGUAUUCGAAUUUGACAUCUUCACCAGGCUCUUCCAGCCAUGGUCAUCUCUGCUGCGCAACUGGAACAGCCUGGCAGUCACACACCCUGGGUACAUGGCCUUCCUCACCUACGAUGAGGUGAAGGCCCGUCUGCACAAAUUCAUCCACAAGCCGGGCAGCUACAUCUUCAGGCUGAGCUGCACGCGAUUGGGCCAGUGGGCCAUUGGCUAUGUGACUGCUGAUGGGAACAUCCUGCAGACCAUCCCCCACAACAAGCCUCUCUUCCAGGCACUCAUUGACGGCUUCCGGGAGGGAUUUUACCUGUUCCCAGACGGUCGUACCCAGAACCCGGACCUUACAGGGCUGUGUGAGCCCUCCCCACAGGAUCAUAUCAAGGUCACGCAGGAGCAGUAUGAGCUGUACUGUGAGAUGGGCUCCACCUUCCAACUGUGUAAGAUUUGCGCCGAGAAUGACAAGGACGUGAAGAUCGAGCCAUGCGGCCACCUCAUGUGCACCUCCUGCCUCACUGCUUGGCAGGAAUCCGAGGGUCAGGGCUGCCCAUUCUGUCGCUGUGAGAUCAAGGGGACAGAGCCCAUCGUUGUGGACCCCUUCAAUCCAAAAGACACCAGUGGUGGGGGCUCAUCCGGGGGUGGCCCGGGGUCGUAUGGAUCAGAGGGCACCCCGUCACCUAGCUACGAUGACGACGACGAUGACCGCCUGGAGGACCCCCACCUGAUGAUGAGCAAGCUGGCUAGUGCUAAGAUAGAGCGGCCUCCAUCACCCAUGUCCACCGCACCCCAGGCCUCCCUACCCCCUGUUCCCCCCCGCUUGGACUUGUUGCAGCAGAGACCCCCAAACCCCCCAGGAGCCUCCAGCCCAGGGGGCACAUCUAAGGCCUCUUCGCACCACAAAGACAAGCCACUGCCCCUCCCCCCUGGGUUGCGGGACCUGCCGCCUCCUCCCCCUCCUGACCGGCCCAGCCCAGCGGGCUCAGAGACCCGGCCACCGAGACGACCUCUCCCCAGCACCCCAGGCGAGCCGCCCCGGGACAAACUGCCCCCUGCUCCCCCUAACCGCAGCCAGGCAGACUGGAGUUCCCGGCCCGUGCCGAAGGCCCCGGCGGCAGACGCGCGUGGCUCCCGCGAGCUGUCCAACCGCCACUCCCUCCCUCUGGCCCUGCCCUCUCCACUGGAGGGGAGGACAGACGCCGUCAGGCCCAACAGCUGCCAUACUCUGGAUCAUCAGCUGAGCUUUGGAGGCACUUCCUUGGGAAGCCAAGAGUUUGACAGCCCCAAGGUAAAGCCCUCGGCCUCGGCCAAUGCCAUCUACGCCCUGGCUUCCAGACCUGUCCCGGGUCCGAUGCAGCCAACAGGGGAGGAGGCUCUGGAGAGUGAUGAGGAGUACAUGAGCCCCUCCUCUCGCCCUGUCCACCUCCCCCUGGGGGCCAGCAUGCGGGAUGUGCCCCCCAGACCCCCCCAGCCCAGUGCUCUCAGCUCACGAGUCAUUCUGAGUGAUAUGGACACUGAAGGACCACAGAUGUAUGAGGCCAUGUACAACAUCCAAGCCCAGGCCCUCACAGUUGUAUCCCCCCAAGCCAGAGACUCAGAUUACUCUGAUCUCCCUCCUGGGGCCAGCACCAAUGGGCCGCGGGAACCGACCAGCGAGGAUGAGGAUGAUGACAAUGGCUACGAUUUUCCCAAACCGCCACUGCCCAUCACCCCAGCUCGGCGCACCUUAUCCGACAUCAGUGGAGCCUCCGCCACCUUCAACCGUCUCUCCAUUGAUAAUGAUUUCAGUGCAGGAGCCUACUUUUCAGAGUCGGGCCAAGCUCCUGAGCGGCCCCCAAAGCCCCUGCCUCGGCGAAUCAACUCCGACCGCCGGCCAAGCCCCGUGCCUCCUGGGGCCGGGGCUGAAGGAGGAGGGGGCCCCCAGAUCAGCGGCGAGAUCGAGCACCUGAUGAGCCAGGGCUACUCGUACCAGGACAUCCAGAAGGCGCUGAUGAUCGCACAGAACAACGUGGAGAUGGCCAAGAACAUCCUGCGCGAAUUCGUCUCCAUUCCCUCCGCGGCGCACAUCCUCACAUAGCCACCCUCACAGCCCUGCCAGGCCAGCUCUCAACACCCUUUUGGCUUUUGUGAGGGCUCGCUCCUUCAUCCCCUGUCCCCCUCUCCUGCAUUAGCUUGUAAGACUGCUUAUCGCUGCCAUCUUGCUUAUAACCAGCAGAGCCUUUUAUUAUCCACACAGAUUAAACAUAAAGGCUUCUUCAGGGAGUGUCCUCAUGACAUCACAUGCCCACUUACACACAUACACACACCCCGGAUGGGAUUAGUACUCAGUUCUAAUUGGCUGAAGUCCUUGCUUUAUCAUAAUUGAAGGUAUAUGUAUAUGUGGAUAUGCAUAUGAAUAUGAAGUGUCCAUAUGAUAUAUUGUAGUGAUUCACAGGAGCUGUUUGUGGGUUGAUAUGAGAAGGUCCUGUGACUCCUCUCUAUGGGUGUAAGUCUGUUGGACAGUUGUGGACAGGAAGGGGUGAAGGGUCAGUGACUGUGGGGAUCUGUGAAGUAUGGUAUCUGCCCUCCUCCUCCCACAGGCUCAGACAGGCAGUCUCAGUACAGACUCUGGAUUUCAGAGCUAAACUCCAGAGUCUGUGUUGGGUAAAACUAAAUCCUCAUGGCCCAAAUCUUGCUUUUGUUUGUGUUUCUUCUGCCGCUGAUUUUAGGGGGUUGUUUUCUGCAGUGUUACAUCAUGCAAGAGCUUUGAGUGAGGCUGCCGCUGGCUUUACAGGAGGCCGUCUAAUUGUGUGUUCACACUGGUGCCAUUGGUUUUUCAUCACCCCCUUAUCUGUAACUAUGGCUGCGGGAAUGACCUGAAAACUACGUCUUGUCCAUGAUUGGAUCGUAAGAACUAUUCAGAACUGUAGGCGGUAACAGUGUUGUCAUUAUUCUCUUAAGUGGGAGGGGUUCGGAAUAAUACAAAAUAACAGCCAAUAAGAGUCUGCGGUUUCAAGUAGAGUGCAAGUGAAACCCCUCACUUUCCUAAUCGGGAGGUGGGACCCUCCCCUCUCUGUCUCAGUCAUUCCCAGGUCUGCUCCACCGGGGACCAGGGGUGGGAGGAGGAUAGCCAGAGCUGGCUCAUGGAGAGGAGGGUGUGGCUAACUUCCCAUGAUUCUAUGAUUCGCCCCUUGACUUACCAUUUUGUUGUAAUGAAUGUGUACUUAAAAAUGCCCCAAAAGUACAGCUGGAGAGAAAAUUGAAUGGCAAGUAUAAAAUAGUUACUAUAUUAACAGCAGUCUAUUUAUAAUACCAUUGUCCAGCCAUAACUAGGGUCUGACAACAGUGCAGCUGUGUGAGUGGUUCUGGAUGCAAUUGUUCAGCAGUGUGUAAAUUGUCAUUGAACUC